AUAAUUGUUAUAUCAUUUGGUAUUUUGCCGGAUUCCGUUCAUCCCUUAUAUGUUCUAAAUACAACGUGACAAUGCAUGUGACGUCACAAAACAAGUGACGUCAGACCAGUUGUUAUCAACAAAACUCAGCGCAAGAAGUGGCGAAAGUAAGGAACAUUUUGUAGCAAGGUAUUCAUUGCAUCAAUGAGUUUUUGUAUCGUGAAGUUUCUUUUCAUGAAAUAUGCGAAAAAUAAAUUCUAAUUAACCUCAAAAUUGAUAAUUUUUUAGAUUAUACAAACAUGGAUCAUCGUAUGUGUUUUGGCUAUGAAGCUUUGAGCAGCAUGAUGGAUGAAAGAUCUAGUCUCAUAGAAAAGGCUUUGAGAUAUAUGGAAGAAACUCGGAUGGAAAUCGUUCGCAAUUUCCAAUUGUUUCUGAAAGAGUACGAGGCAGAAAAACAGGAGAUUGGUGCCGAACGGCGUCGAAAUAUUGUCCGAAAUAUUCAGAUGGAAUUGAUAACAAAGUUUAUUCAGAGAGAGGACACACUGCUAACUGAGUCCAUCGCACAGUUACAGAAAGAGACCGAGGACGCAAAAAGAAAGAUACAAGAAGCAUGGAACACCGAGUCCAAAAAGAGGCUGGUGAACCAAAUACAUGAGGACUUAUGGACUGAGAGAAGGUUUCGAAAUCCUGAGAUGGCCAGAAAAAUGAUGGACAAAGUAGAGGGACUUAAGAUAAACCUCCAAAAACUCCAAGAAGAACUGAUUAAUGAAAUCAAGGAAAGAGAAAAGCUUAGACAUGUUAAAGAAACCUACCAGCAGGAGUUGUUGACAAAGUUUGAAGAAAAAGAGAAACUUCAACAGAUUAAAGAGAUAUAUCUGAGAGAGUUGAUGACAAAAAUGGAAGAAAAAAAGGAGAUUUCCCGACGGAGAGAAGAGUUGCAUCACGAGUUGAUGAAAAAAUUCAAAGAACGAGAGAGGCUCUGCAAUUUGAAAAGGGCUUGCCAGCACGAGUUGAUGAGUUACCACAGAAAGAAACAGGAUGAAAAUGAAUGCUUUGUACCAAGAAAGUUAUUUCUUUUUAACAUCGACACAUUUGUCUGUCCUCCAAUGCCUCUGUGUGAGCCACAGAUGAAACCGAAAAAUGAAGGAGCUUCAAUCGAACCUAAAUAUGACAGCUGCCAAUCAGUGGCACCUCUCUCAAAGGCCAACACAAAUCCAACCAGUAGACGAGGUUUGAGAAACUGGCUCAAAAAGUUCUUUGGAAGAAAAUAGAUGACCCAAUCUGUGUUAAUGGCUGAAGAAAAAAUCUCCUCUUUUCAAAAAUUUAUAAAUUUGAAUGUGCUGUUGUUUAAAUUUUUUUAAGAAGUUACAGUAAUGUUGACAUCUGUGUAUAUUUAUAAAUUUGUGCUGUUGAUAAAUUGUUUUUACAAGUUACAGUAAUGUUGACAUCAUUUAUUUAAUACAUGUAUUUAGUG